CCUCGCAAUUGCGCUAUCACCGUAGCCGGAGUUGCCGCGCCAGCACCAAUAUAUGAAAAGCGCUAGCGCAUUAACACCAGAAACACAUGAGGCACACACACAAUUCGCCUAAGUCUCAGUGCCGUACUCAUACUGGCACAAACGAUAUUUUCGUGUCUUGCUGGUGUUUACAACGAAUAUUUGCUGAAGGACAAAGGUGCUGAUGUCAACAUAUUUGUACAGAAUGUCUUUAUGUAUGUCGAUUCCAUUAUUUGCAAUGCGCUAAUAUUGCUGAUAAAUGGUCAGUUGGCUGGCGCUUUCACAGCAGAUAGCCUACGAGCUAUUUGGCGAUUUAAUGUAAUCAUUAUUAUAGUAAACAAUGCGGCCAUCGGUAUUGUUACCAGCUUCUUUUUGAAAUAUAUGAAUUCUAUUGUGAAGACUUUUGCAAGCGCAUUAGAGCUAAUGUUUACAGCUGUACUUUGUUAUUUUCUCUUCGCUAUACCGAUUUAUAUCAAUACAGCGAUGGCCAUUGCAGUGGUAUCAUUUGCUAUAUAUUUAUACUCGCUAAGCCCUGUUGUGAAUACAGGAAAAGUGCGUCCUUUGAUCAGCCUGAACGAGGCAUCGCAAGAUAAGCGGAAGCUUCUUGACUCUGAUGGCGAAACGGAUCUGGAGAUGGACAUAGUGUAGCGUAUACAGUGGUGAAGAGUACCACAACAGUACCAUUAAAAACUAACUCACUCGCUCAUGUAAAGAUAAUAAUCAGUGCUAAUACCUAUAAAUGUAGAUUUUAAUAUAAAAUUGUAAGGUAUAUGUAAGUUUUGCUUGAACAUUGUAUGUGUUGGCGUAUGUUAGGACGAAUAAUAUUAAAAUAGCAUCUUGGUUGUCAUUAUAUAGGUAAAGCUUUAUUUCACAAAACUUUAAGUUAAAAAUUAAAUCCACAAAAGGAUAAAAUUCAUAUUUGGUUCAAAAUAAUUUGUUAACCACUUUAAUCUCAUAAGCAGAUCGCUGAUUUG